AUGUUAAGAGAUCCAGCUCGGCGCAAUCAGAAGCUCAGAUGCACCUACCACCAAGACAAGGGACACAUGACUCAGAACUGCAGGGCACUGAAGCAACACUUGGAAGACCUGGUGGCAGCUGGACACCUAAGGGAAUACAUUGAUCAGGAUAAGGAAGUGGCCGAGCUGGAGAACCCACCUCCAGAAGCAAAUAUUGAGCAUCCACCCCGGCUAAUAAUAAAUGUGAUCCAUGGGACAACGGCUCAGGAAUCUGAGGAGGCACUGAAGGAAGAGAUCGCUAAGGCUGCGCAAAUUCAGCGAAUCAUGUCAGUGGAGCCGGCAUCGAAAAAGGUGCGUACAGUAUCUAAAUCCCCCUUGUGCACUGUUUCAUUUACUAGCAAAGAUUUAGAAGGCAUACAGCAUCCACAUACUGAUGCAUUGAUUAUAACUGUUGGAAUUGGGAAACGAUUUGAUGUAAAACGAGUCCUAGUAGAUCAGGGCAGUGCGGCAGACAUACUGUAUUAUGAUUUGUUCAGAAAGCUCGGCCUCUCCGAGCAGCAUCUCACCCCAGCGGCAGCCCCGUUGGUCGGUUUCAAUUCACAGCCGGAAUGGCCGCUCGGCAGAAUAGUAUUGCCAGUCGUAGCGGGGACAAAAACCCUCCAGAUAGAGUUCUUGGUUAUUAAUACACUAUCCCCUUAUAACGCCAUACUUAGCCGUCCGUGGAUUCAUCGAAUGGAAGCAGUCCCUUCAACCUAUCACCAGCUCAUCCGUUUCCCAACAGAACACGGAGUAGAGCAGAUCUCAAGGGAUCAAGUUGCGUCCAAACAUUGUUUCAUGGCAGCAUUAAAGGCAAAGUAG